AUUCUGUGGUAGAGAGAGGAGUGGAAGAGAUUUUAGAGAGAGAGUGUCCAUUCGCUAGAGAGAGAGGGUGUCCAUUCGCUCUCUUCAAUUUCUGGUUUUAGAGAGAGAGAGAGAGGGAGAGGGAGAGAACGAUCUGCUUGAAAAAUAAAGAUUUUCAUAUUUUUGAUCGAUAAAAUUAGGAAGAACCUCUUAUUGUUAUAAUUCAAUAGGAGGGGGGAUUUCUCUUUUUCCUGAUUCCUUGAACUGAGAUUUGAGAAUCGCGAAAAUGAACGAUGCGGAUGUGUCGAAGCAGAUCCAACAGAUGGUCAGAUUCAUCCGCCAGGAAGCGGAGGAGAAAGCAAAUGAGAUCCUUGUAUCUGCUGAAGAGGAAUUCAACAUCGAGAAGCUUCAAUUAGUUGAAGCUGAAAAAAAGAAGAUCAGACAGGAGUAUGAACGUAAGCAAAAGCAGGUCGAAAUAAGAAAGAAAAUUGAGUAUUCCAUGCAGUUGAAUGCUUGUCGCAUUACAGUUCUUCAAGCCCAGGAUGAUUUGGUUAACUCUAUGAAAGAUUCUGCUGCAAAGGAACUUCUGUGUAUCUCGGAUGACCACCACUCAUAUAAGAAACUCCUCGAAGAUUUGAUUGUUCAGGGUUUGCUGCGUUUGAAGGAGCCAUCAAUAUUGCUUCGAUGCAGAGAGACUGAUCUUGGGUUGAUUGAGUCUGUGUUGAAUGACGCAAAGGAAGAGUACUCAGAGCAAGCAAAUGUCCAUGCCCCUAACAUCGCUAUUGACAAACGUGUCUAUCUUCCUCCACCUCCAAGCCAUCACAAGGCACAUGGCAGUUCCUGUGCCGGAGGUGUGGUGUUGGCUUCACAAGAUGGGAAGAUUGUAUUGGAAAACACACUGGAUGCAAGACUCGAUGUGGUUUUUCGACAGAAGUUGCCUGAGAUCCGAAAACGCCUUUUUGGGAAGGCAGCGGCAUGAUGCUUUAGUCUAUUGCAAUAAGGAUUUGUGUCGUAUUCUCCUUUUAAUAUUUGUUCCAAAUUUUUUGAUACAUUGUUUGGGCUAUUUCCUUGAUGAGUUUAAGUUCAUAUGGAGAGUUUAUAUUUCAUUUUGAAUUGGAAUAAAUGAGUACUGGUAUAAAACGAGUUACUUUAUGGGAGAUUAA